AUGGACCUGGAAACUUUCGAGCAGAGCGUGCCUGACGAGCACCCAGAGGAGGAGGACACGGAGAGUGACGAGCCGCUGCAGCUUGAGGAAUUUCUGGCCGAGCGGGUCAGUGAACUGCAGCCCACAUCGCCUGACAUCGUCCGGGCCACACCGGCCUAUCAGGCCCUACGCCGAUGCGGCGCUGCCCUCCGCGGUCGACGGCAAGAUGCCUUCCACCGGAAUUUCCAAACCUCCAGGAUAGAUUCGUUCUGGAGCCACAGCUGGCAUGGAAGCACGUGGCGCAAGGUCGUGACGGCUCUCUGGGUGUACAACUCGGUUCCAGCCACUUACGUAGCGACCAUUGGGGCUUUCCUCGUUUCCAUACUCUACGGCUUGAAGGUGCUUCCCGGCAUGAGCUACUGGGACAGCUACGAAUACCCUCGAAGCUAUUGGGCGUCCUCAGUUGGCCUCGUGCUCUACUGCCUGACGUUUCUCUUUUGGCAGCCUCGCCAGCGCAUCUUCUUGGAUGUGCUUUGCAUCGACCAGAUUGAUCCAGUCCGCAAGGCUGCCGGGAUUCUCAGCAUGGGGGCCUUCCUGAAGUGCUCGGACUCAAUGCUGGUUCUUUGGGACCCGACUUACACCCAUCGGCUCUGGUGCAUCUACGAGCUCUCGGCCUAUUUGUACAGCCGCCCGGAGGGUGCCAAGACCAACCUGACAGCCAGACCGGUCCUUCUUGGACCCUGCUACACGCUCCUGACCCUGGCUCUCUGUUGCUUCACGCUCGCUGUGGGAAGCAUUCCAGAGCGUAAUGAAGCUUUGUUGUGGGUCACGCAGGCCGUGAUUCUCGCCGUUGGGUUUUAUCCGAAUGUGGCUGCCUACCGGCAGUAUUUCCGCGCCCUGGGCGACCUAAAGUCAGAAUUGGAAAGCUUCUCUUUGCAGGGCACCCAGUGCCUGUGUUGCCAGAGAGGCCAUGUCUCCGAGGACGGGGAGCCGAUGGCUUGUGACCGGAAAGUGGUCCUCCAUUGCCUGAAGUUGUGGUUCGGUAGCGCCGAAAGCUUCGAGCAUCGCGUACGUUCAGAGGUUUCCGAAACCCUCAUGCACGAGCUGUCCGCCGAGUUCUUCAACUACAGGCAUUGCCUGGCACUUCUCAUCCCAGUUGCCUGGUCUUACAUGGACACAGCAUCUGCGGAGUGGCGGAAGUAUGACGAAUGGCGACAUCGUGGGACGGAGAUCACCAAGGAGCUUGCCAGAGGCUUUGCAUGGUGGCUUUGUGUGGCACCGUCCAUCCUGCUCAUGACUUUCAGACUUGCAUACUGCUUUCGGGCAAAACGUUCCAGGCGGUGUUGUGAUUGGGCAGUCAACAGCCUCAUCCUGCUGUGCGUAGUUGCCUUCUUCGUGGCUGCGGUGCAGUUGGAGUUCGCGUGCAUGAUCUUCCACAACCGCUUCGUCCCCCGUGACUCAGCGUGGAGAGGUUUGCACACUGCCAUGCUGCUCUUUGUCGCCCUUUGCCUUCCCAUGUCCAUCCUCCUCUUCAAUUGCGUGGGGCUUCAACCUCCGAUAACCACCCUAAAAGCAGCUGUAUCCGGGAGCGCCGAGGACGCAGCAAUCACGGAGGCGCCCAAAGCUCGCGAGGGCCAUGUCCGAGAGCUCUGA